UUAUUUGUAUGAAUUCAUUCAGCUUUUUUUUAUUUUUGAUAUUUUUGCGGCUCGUGUUGUUGAAACAGGCUGUGCCCACAGACAGACAGACAGACAGACAGACAGAGGGUAUAUAAAAGUAAACGGGGCUGACACCCUGUUGUAGUGUGAGUAGAGGGACUCUCUCUCACACACACAUUCACACACACGCACACACACUCCGGUUGUGCUGCUCCACGCGUGCAGCCUGGACACAGACCAACCUGCAGACUCAAACAGCUCGGACUUUAUUUUCCUGACUUUUAUUCUCUCAGUCCAGAAGGAGUUGAUCUGACGGUGAGCGGACCCGAACACACCGUGAUCCGGAUCCACAGCUGCAACUUUGUCUUUUUACUCCUCCUAAACUUUGAGCCUCUGAGGAGAGAAGAAGCCCCGGAGGACAUGCCGGGGUUUGUGGCUUUGUUGGCCGCGGUUGCAGUCCUCUCGGCCGGGUCCAGGAGCUCCGUGGCCGCGGUGGAGAUGCAGAGCUCCGUGGCCGUGGAGGAGGACAGGGCAGCGGGGAACAGCUCCGCGGUGGUCAGGGCGGAGAGCUCCGGGGACGGGGACAGAGGAGCGGGGCGGGCUGGCUGCCCUGGCCGCUGUCGGUGCGAGGUGGACGGGCUGCUGCACCGGGUGGAUUGCUCGGACCUCGGGCUCCGGGAGAUACCGAGCAACCUGAGCGUGUUCACGUCUUACCUGGAUCUCAGUAUGAAUAAUCUGACUGUGCUGUCCAGCGGAGCUCUGACCAACCUGCACUUCCUGGAGGAGCUGCGCUUGGCGGGAAACGAUCUGUCAUUCAUCCCCAGAGGAGCGUUCACCGGCCUCUACAACCUCAAAGUGCUAAUGCUUCAGAACAACCAGCUGAUGUCUGUACCUGCUGAGGCCUUCAACAACCUGCACAACCUGCAGUCACUCCGCCUGGACGCCAAUCACAUCUCCAUCGUUCCCACCAGCUGUUUCUCCGGCCUCCGCUCUCUCCGUCACCUGUGGUUGGACGAUAACUCUCUGACGGAGGUGCCGGCGGAGGCUCUGAGCGAGCUGCCCGCCCUGCAGGCCAUGACGCUCGCCCUCAACCACAUCAGCCACGUCCCCGAUCACGCCUUCAGCAAGCUGGGCCGUCUGGUGGUGCUGCAUCUCAACAACAAUAGGAUCGUUUCCAUGGGAACGAACUGCUUCCACGGACUCCACAGUUUGGAGACGCUAGAUUUGAACUACAACAGUCUGGUCGAGUUUCCGACGGCCAUCCGUUCGCUCAGUCACCUCAAGGAGCUUGGUUUCCAUAGCAACAACAUCCAGUCCAUCCCGGAGCACGCCUUCACCGGGAACCCCUCACUGAUCACCAUAUUCUUCUACGACAACCCGAUCCAGUCUGUUGGACGAUCUGCGUUUCAGAACCUCCCGGAGCUGCGAACACUCUCUCUGAACGGAGCAGCCGAUCUCACCGAGUUUCCAGAUCUGACGGGAACCAAGAGCCUGGAGAGCCUGACCAUCACGGGAGCUCGGAUCACCUCUCUGCCCAGCUCGGUGUGUGAACAGCUUCCAAACCUUCAGCUGCUUGACCUCUCCUAUAAUCAGAUCCAGACUCUUCCCAGCUUCUCUGGCUGUGAAAGCGUCCAGAAGAUUGAUCUGCACCAUAACGAGAUCGAGGAACUGGAGGAGAACACCUUCCACGGUCUGAUGUCACUACGCUCGCUCGACUUAUCGUGGAACCGGCUGACUUCAGUGAAGCCGAACUCUUUCUCUGCUCUGCCUGUUCUCAUCAAACUCGACCUGUCGUCCAAUCAGCUGUCGUCUCUGCCUCUGACUGGUCUGCAGAGUUUAACUCACCUGCGAUUGGCUGGAAACACACAGCUGAUGGAGCUAAUACCACGAGAGGAGCUGCCCCGAGUCAGGGUGAUGGAGCUGCCCUACGCCUUCCAGUGCUGUGCCUUCGUCUCCUGUGAGAGAAGAGGAGGAGGAGGUGGAGGUUCAUCCUGGGAGAAAGAGGAGGCAGCAGACUCUGCUGGCAGAGAAACCUCCGUCCUCUCCAGCCAAGUAGAUCAGGACUGGGAGGAUUUCCUGCUGGAGUUUGAAGAUGAACCCAAACUUCAACACUCGGUCCACUGCAGCCCUGCGCCAGGUCCGUUCCGCCCCUGCCUCCAUCUGCUCGGCAGCUGGUUGAUCCGUGGAGGGGUGUGGCUCAUUGCCGCGCUCUCAUUGGUCAGCAACAGCCUGGUCGUCCUGUCAGUCUUCUUUUCCCCCACCGCCGCAGUGACGCCACCCAAGCUGCUGAUUGGUCUGCUGGCCCUGGUGAACGGCCUGAUGGGAGUGUGGAGUGGGUGGUUGGCGGCGGUGGACGCCUGGACGUUUGGAAGCUUCUGGAGGUACGGAGCGAGGUGGGAGAGCAGCUUCCUGUGUCGCCUCAGCGGCUUCCUGUGUGUGUUUGCGUCACAGACUGGUCUCUUCCUGCUCACCGUCGCAGCUCUGGAACGAUGCCUGGCCGCCGCCGCACGCCGCCACAAACCUGACGGACACAACGAUCGCUACUCUUCACCGCUCUCUGUCCGUCUGGCCAUCUGUCUGUGCUUCCUGUUGGGCCUGGCCAUCACGCUGCCCCCCCUGGUGGCCGGACACAGCAGCACCUCCCUCUGUUUGCCGCUGCCGUCCUCCUCCUCCUCGUCCACCCUGGCUUUCUCCGUCUCCCUGGUGCUCCUCGACUCGUUGUGUUUCCUCCUCAUGACGCUCUCCUACACUCACCUUUACUGUCGGGCCAACAAAGCUCCGCCCGCUGCUGAGGAGGAGGUGGCGUUGACUCGACACGUAGCCUGGCUGCUCUUCUCCGACUGCCUCCUCUACCUCCCCGUCGCCUUCCUCUCCUUCUCCUCCCUGCUGCGCCUCUCCACCGCCGGGCCGGAAGCAGCGAAGGGCGUGCUCCUGCUUGUGGCUCCACUGCCGGCCUGCGUCAACCCGCUGCUCUACAUCCUGUUCAACCCGCUCGCCCGACAGGAGCUGGCGGCACUGGCCAAACGCACCUGUGGGACCGUGGCGGUUCCUAGACUCUGCAGAGGAGGAGGAGGAAGAGGAGGAGCUGGAGGAAGGUCGAGGCCGAACAUGACGGAUUCAACAUAUGAUGAGGACGCAGAGAAACAGUCGUGUGACUCGACGCAGGCGCUGGUGGCAGUUGGAGGCAUGAAGGAGGAAGAGGAGGAGGAGCGAGGAAGAGGAAGGAGCGAGACACAACAUUCAGUGGUGUUUGUUGUUCCUCAUCAAUAGACUGAAACACACACACACACACACACACGAGGUCUAAAGUUCUCACCUGCCAAAGUUCUAAACAACGAAUCAGAGACUCAGCUGAGCUCAUCAGUUAGACUCAGUCUGUUUUUUAGUAUUUUGGGGGAAUUAAUUUUGCUUUUAUUGUGAAGGACACUGUGGAAAGAUGACAGGAAGUGAGAAAAGACAAAGAGGAAAUGACAUGCAACAAAGAUAUCCAACCACAGUGAGCAUCCAAAAUCCUGACGGCACCAAUUCAUUUGUGGACUCCAAUUUUGAAGCCUCGAGUUCGGUAUUUCGGUGGUCGCCAUUUUAGAUUUUUGGAGCCAGAAGUGACCAUAUUUGGACAAGAGGGUGGAGCUAACUCUCAAAUGCUAGCUGCUAGCUUACUUAGCACAGUGCAUUCACAGCCUGUUUAGACCUGAUAUUAACGUGCGUCUUGGAUGAUCUGUUCACGAGUGGACAGCGCUAAAUACAAGUCUAAACAACCACAAAGACGUGAUGUGAUCUGAUCACUCAAACCACUCGCUGAGGUGGUCUUGGACGCAUUUGACCACGUAUAUUUUGUAGUAUAAACACUAACACUGUCCCGAUGCGUCCCCAACAAGGACUAUGUCAUUGGUGCAGGACAUGAUGGUUGAUUUGGUGAUAGCAUGCUAAUGCCCUACAGCUUUGCCCAUUUUACGUUGAGUUGGACCAAGUGUCGCGUGUACUGAUACAACUGCUAACGUGAGCAGCUAGCAUUCUGCGGAACACCUAAGAAACGUGUGAACAUAAUAACUGUGCAAAGGGCGGUAACAAAAUCUGAACAUCUGUUCGAUGUGUCUCGCAUGUUAAUACCAAGUGUAAACAGGCUCUCACAUAAUGCUCAUGCUAAUUUUCACCAGUGAAAAACAAGCUUAAAACCAUUAAGAUAAAAUGUGCUUACUGCAAACGUUAGACUCCUUAGAGCCUCAGGUACAACCAAACGUUGAGUAAGAUUUUUUUUAGGUGGCAAAAAUAUGCAAAUGAACUGAAAACACUGAAAAAGCAACAGCUACAGCUACACCGUGGUAGUAUCUCGUCAACAGACGGCACCCAGCUGUCACUUAAAGUGGCCACGCCCUUUAUUAUACGUAACUUUAAUCCUUAAUAAAAUGUAAAGAGGUGAGUUAUAUAAAAAUUAAUCUGCGGUACAGUUGUGACGAUUGUUGAAAUCAGCUACAGAGACCAAAGCAGUUUUUUAACCAGGCUGUAAACAAGUUUAUUUCUGCUGUGAAGUUUUAACAUGGAGGUCUGUGGGGACUGACUCGCUCUUGGAGCCAGCCCCUAGUGGACAUUAGAGGAACUGCAGUUUUUGGCUCUUCAGUAUUGGCUUUGGUUUUAAGCCUCGGAGGUUUCUGCUCAGCCCUGACCCCACUAGCAAACCCCGAUUCUGUUGUGUGUUUUGUCCCAGAUAGCCACUGGUGUCGAAAUGAACGCCACAGGGGGCGCUAUACCAGGACUUUUGGCAGGUGAGUCAAAGACUUCGUUUUGAACACACACACACACAGAUACAGAUACACACACACACACAGAUACAGAUACACUGCAGACUGACGGGACUGUGUGGUAGCAAAUGUAGCAGAGAAAGUGAAGCCGAGAAAAAGUUAAAGGACAGAUCAAAGCAAACGAGGAAAGAAGAAGACACUUGAGAACUGUGUUGGAUUUAAACAUCUUCCACUCUCUUUGGUCAAGCCGAGCUUCUUGCCAGAGCACACAAACACACACACCUACACAAACACACACACACACACACAUUAUGAGUUAAUUCAGCAGCUUUUAUUUUGAAAUACGACACGAUUUACAGCUUUGUGUUACCAAACAUUUACCAAAUGUUUCACCAAAUGCUGCUGAGCUUUAUGUCUGUCUGUUUGUGUGUGUGUGUGUGUGUGUGUGUGUGUGUCCAGCUAAUGUGUUUUUGCGAGUGUGUGUGAAAACUGUAGCGUCUGUGUGAGUUUCGUCACACAGUCGAUCGCCCUAAAAACUGAAAACAGGAAUCUGGAGACAAACAAGUUCAUGUUCAGCUGCUGAAAGACGUCCAGAGAAAAAACACAGAACUGCUCCUUUAAAAUAUUGCCGCCUGUAAUGUUGAUGAAGCUGUGUUAAUGGAAAAGAUUCACAUGACAAUACCGAAACCAGCAAUUAAUUCACAUGACAAAAAAGACCCUUUGUGUGUGUGUGUGUGUGUGUGUGUGCACAAUAAAUGUGUGUACAUACUGUUGUAAAUAGGAGCUACUGUGACAAUCCUGUUUUCCUUUUAUUAGACUGUGAGAAAAUGUUUAUAAUGUUUGUAUAUUUACACUUUUGUCAUUUCAAAUGUCUCAAAUUCAGAUUAAAUCCAGACACGAUCUUCUACGUUUAUUUACACUGGUCACACAAAGUGUCUCUUUGAACUGGAUAAGAAAUCUGUCUUAGUUUUCACGUUACUCCGGUCCAGAGGGGGCGCCAAAUAUAAUGUGAGUGAAUUACAUGGAAAGUUAAUGUACAGACGCAAUUGACCUAUGGCUAAGCCACGCCCCCUCCACUCACUCAGACAAACUAUCAACAUUCAGUGCCCGGCGCUAUGGCAGGUGUCACAGUACACGGCAUUUCACAGGAGGCAGUUGAUGAUUUUUGGAGACAUAACGAUCAGAUGUCAUUGAGAAGUAACCAAAAGGGCCUAAACUACGCAUUGGAGGGAUAUAUUCAUCAUUUUAUUGUUGAGAAGGUCGAUGAAAAGCUUAAAUUACAAGCCAACAUUUACAGGUCACAGUGUACGCUUGUGAACCGCAUCUGGUUGCCGUCACCAUCAAAGACAACAAGUUAAAGUGCCACUGAAGUUAAGGUUUUUGGCUCAGAAUAUGAGAAAAGGAUAACGGCCUUUUUACCAUCUUUACCAAGAGUGUCUCUCCGUUAGUUUGGUGCUACAGUAUUUACACUGAAUCAUUCAGCAUAACGUUUGCCAACCUUUGUUAUCUCUGCCAUUACAGAUAAGUUAAUGAAGCUAAGCUCCAGAAGUUCACGUUAGCUUAACUAGAGCCCUUUGGACAACAGCUAACAAUGAUGUACCAUCACCAAAGUACAAAACUAGAACAAAAUAGGCUAAUGAACUCCCAGCAAACAAGGUGACAUGAUGAACAACGCAGCUAGGAGCUAACGUUAGGCUAACUUUAGCUAACGUUAGCUAGAGAUGUUAAAGAUAACUUUAUAUUUCUUUCCAGCAAAGUGACAAUAUGUUGCCUCAAACACAAUGUUGACUUACCUUAGAACAGAUGUAGACAUCAUUGUUAAUCUUAUUCACGUUGAGUUGAUGUUGUGGUCUAACGUUACCACACAACUUUAUCCAAAGGAGACACUUUUCUCGCUUGAGAUGUGGUUUAAAGUGUAAAAAUACAAAAUACAAAACUGACUUUAUGUAAUGCAUUUCAAUGGACGUCCAGGCAGAGAAUGUCCCAGUGUAUGGGAAUGGCUAUACGCACUGUGAUUGGCUCAUCACGUUGAGGGCGGGGCUUAGCCAUAGGUUAAUUAGAUGUGAAUUCCUUCCAGGCUGUGCAUAAUUUCUGCCUGUAAAAAUGCCACACGUGGUCGUAUUUUGGAAGAUGAAAGUCUUUGCUGAACACUUCGCAAAAAAGUGGACAAAACAAAAACUUGUGAAAUAGUGUUUAUGCAUUUUUAAUCUGAUGUAAAGUUGUAUCAAAGCUGUUGUGUUGACUAGUGAAAUGUGUCUUUUUCUGGCUCCGCCCACAGCUGUAACCAUAGAAACAGAACAAAACAAAGUGUUUGAAUGUCCGCUGUGUGUGACGGUUCAUCUGCUGCACUUUCUAUGAUCAGCACUUAAAAAUGUCUAAAAGGAAAAAAAAAAAAAGAAGCUGAAAAGUUUUGUGUGACUCGAACGUCUCUGAUCUGUUUUCAUCUCCUGUUGUAAACUUCUGUAAAAUAUUUGAAUGUUUUAGUUUGUAAAAGUGAAGAUGUAGUUUGUGACGUAUAUAAAGCAACGACGUGGCUGUGAGUGAACUGUUUUAUGAUUCAUUCAUAUCACCAUCAUCAUCACCACUAUCAUCAUCAUCGGGUUGAAGGAAGUGCUGCUGUGACUCAUUUAGAGUAAAAACAAAAAGAGGUUUGAACUGAAACAAUUGCACAAUGACCCACCGCAGCACGACGAGCUCUCUGCUGCUGACAUCAUCGUUCCACAUCAGCAGAGACCCAAACGUGUCAAAGAUUUAAGGACGGAUCGUUAAUGAGCAUCCGGCGCUCCGUGACUCAGUCACACGGGUUAU